GUGUGCGGUGGUCCUAGUGAGACCAGUUCAGAUGCACAGAUGAGAAUAAGGAGGCGAAGACUGAUCAUUCGUAUUGUAAUUCUGCUGGCUUUAGUGGGACUCUAUUUUUACAUCAACCUACAAAAUUUUGGUUACUACACCAACAGAUUUUGGAAACCAGUUGUUAGGUGUCGUAGCAGUGAGGAAGAAAUGAAUCAGCUUCUUGACCUUACAUAUCAAAUUCACAAGAUAUUAGACGGCAUGAGUAUCAGACAUUGGUUAAUGUAUGGCUCAAUCUGGGGUGCACUACGCAUAGGCAGACCCCUUCCAUGGGACAAUGAUGUUGACAUUGGAUUUGAAGGUGAAGGUGUAUUUGCUGACAUGACGAUGAGUGAAUUUGUGGCCCCUUUUAAAGCAGCAGGAUUAACAGUGACUAACAAAUGGCUUCAGAGUGGAACUAUUGUCAUUUCAAAAGAGGGUCUGUGGUUAUCUGUGGAUUUAUUUGCAUUUUACGACGAUAGGGGAACAAUGAGAAGAAGAGGACUGGAGUCGUGGGUUUUUGCCCUGAACUACAGGACAUAUCAUUCAUUUCCAAAAUGGGUUGUGGAGCCAGAAUUGCCAAAAACAAAGUUUGGAUUCUUCAAUAUCUCCAUUCCAAAAGGAGGCAUUGAAAUAUUGAAGCACCUGUAUCCAUAUAACUGGUGGAAAGAAGUUCGACCUGAAGGAUGCUAG